AUGGAUGAGGAAGUAAAGUUUUUGGGUCACAUGGUAUCUGAAAAGGGAAUAUCAGUAGACCCAACUAAAGUAGAAGCAGUGACAAAAUUGAGGCAACCUAAGAACACAUUUGAGAUUCGUAGUUUCUUAGGAUUGGCUGGUUACUAUCGAAGAUUCAUUCAAGACUUCUCAAAAUUGGCCAAACUAAUUAAACAUUUGACUCAAAAGGGGUUAAAGUUUGAAUGGAACAAGUCUUGUGAUAAUUCAUUCCAAGAACUUAAGAAAAGAUUGACGAGUGCCCCUAUUCUCAUAGUGCCAGAACGUGACGUUGGGUACAACGUGUAUUGUGAUGCUUCCAAAUAA